AGUGUUGUCUGGCAUAUUGUCUGUGAUUGUAUUUACAUGUAUAUUGAAUAGUUGUCUAAUUUCUGUAUUGACGUAGGGUAUUGUCUUUUCAAUGGCUGGAUUCCUAGACUAUCACUUUGUGGUGGAUCAACUUUGCCUGGGCUUCUUGAAUAGCCAGGUCACAUUGUCGGUCGGUAGGAUGUGGCCGAGUAGGAGGGAAAUGGAGUAUUUCUCUUCUAUUAUCCUGGCCUGUUCCAUGUAUAUAUGCCUUCUCAUAUUCACCGCUAUGAAUCAUAAACCCGUCCCUCUGUCACCGAAAGUUGAUCGCCUUCUCAAAGACGCGAUGCAUCUCCGGCGCGUCUGUGACCUAUACUCGAAAUUCUAUGGCCAUCCUCCCCUCUUCGAACGCAUCUAUGACAUCGCGCAUAUGAUCAUCCAUAGCUUUGGGUACAUUGAACGUUCUAGUCGCCUGUACGGCCUUGACCCAGCCGGUAUGCAGCGGUUGAUCAGUACGCUUGAUCACUGCGUUCUGCGAGUUGCGCAGUUAAAGCAGAUCUUUCUGCAGAUGCCCGACUCCUGGUUGUUAUCCACUCGACAGAAAAAAGACCAUAUGAGAAGGGAGAUGGAGGCUUUGGCGAAUUCGUUGGUUGCAUUUAAGCGCAUCUAUUUCUUGUUGGAUGAGAUUGAUGCGCUUGUGAUGGCUUUCGAGAAGGUCAAUAGACCUGUGAUCCUUUCGGGGUUGGGAAUCAGUGUGCCGGCGUAUUUGGUCAGAUAGACAUAUUUGGCAGGUUGGUCGGUCACCAAAGGAGGCAUAUGUCAG